AUGUCCGUCCCCGUCUCCGUCUCCGUCCCCGAGCACGCGCACGCGCACCACUGCCCGAUCACGGGCCACGGCACGCACGCCUACUGCCCGCCGCAAAAGGGCGACAGCCGCUCGCCGUGCCCGGCGCUCAACGCGCUCGCGAACCACGGCUACCUCCCGCGCGACGGCAAGUGCGUCACGCCCGCCGCGCUCACGCACGCCCUGCGCGCGGGCUACCGCCUCUCCGCGCCGCUCGCGUGGGUGCUCACCCGCGGCGGGUUCUUCCUCCUCGGCCAGCGCCGCGCGCACAUCUGCCUCGCCGACCUCGCGCGCCACAACUGCAUCGAGCACGACGCGUCCCUCGUCCACCCCGACGUCGCCCACCGCGACGAGUACGCCCCGCUGCACCCCGCCCCGCACAUGCUCGACGCCUUCCUCGCCCACGCCGCCGACGGCGCGCUCAUGACCCCCGCCGACGUCGCCCGCGCGCGCGUCGCCCGCGAGGCGAGCUACGCGCGCCCCAUGGACGCGCUCCACGCCGAGAUCGCCCGGGGCGAGAUGGCGAUCGUCCUCCUCCUCUUCAACAACCCCCCGCCCGCGCCGUCGCCCGCGCCCGCCCCCCCGCCGCGCUCGCUCCUCGCCGCGCUCAAGCGCACCAAAGACGCGGAGCCGGCCCCGCUGCCGCUCCCCGGCGUCCCGGUGGAGAUGCUGCGCACGUGGAUGCACGAGGAGCGCCUCCCCAACGGCUGGGCGCCCUACCACCAGCUGUCCCUCACGCGCGUCGUCCAGACGUCGCGCGCCAUCCGCGCCGCGAUGCGCGCGCUCCAGAGGCGCCGUGCCAAGCUCGAGGUCGCGCGCGAGAUCGCGCAGGCGGACGCGCUCGAGAUCGUCACUGCCGCGCAGGCCGAGCUCGGCCUGCUGGAGGAGAGGGAGAGGGAGAGGGAGGAGGAGGAGGAGGGAGAGGUGGUGGAGCUGGAGGUGGGCGCGUCCCCGCCCGAGUCGCUCGUCCCCCCGGACAGCCCGACGACGAGCGACGCCUCCGUCGAGCUGCGCACCCCCACUGCCCCCGAGUUCCCCCCCGCCCCGGCGGACCGCAAGUCCCGCACCGCAGAAUGGCUCUCCGACAUCGACGUGCCCCGCAUCGUCGUCGCCGACGGGGCCGAUCUCUGA